GUCGAUCUGUGUCCUCUUGAUUUUAAUUACACGGUAACGAACUAAAAGAACAAUUUUGAUAUGGCAGCGACCACAACAGUUGAGGCUAUCUAUGUACCGGACAACCUUGAUGGAAAGAAAUACAUGAAAAACCAACAAUGGCGGCUUCGAAUUUGGAUUUGUGCUGGAAUAUCUACUUUGAUUGUGCUAUCAGCAGCAUUGGCGUUCAUUAUUCUUAUUUUAAACUUCUCAGUAUUUCUGUCGCAGACCUAUGAUCUCACUCAAGGCGAUAUGAGGCUGAUAUCGGUAUCUACGGCUUUCUGUGGAGAGAUAUCGCUUGGACAAGAUUCCUCUACGCGAAAAUUGUGGAUUCUGCCGUCCUCGCGCGUAAGUCCCCAACUGCGAAUAACAAAUAUUUCUACUGAUGUGUUAGUUUCAAAAUUUAGUUAUUGGUACAAGAGUUUCUAUUUAUUAAAAGGAUCAUCCGUCGUUAUAAAUGCCGAGUCCGAUGGCCCAUUGAAGCUUUUUAUUUUCAAGGACAGACAACGACGUGAUGAAUGGAUUCUUCAGAAUGGGGAUUCUACGGAGAAAAGUGGCUUCUCUGGGGAAUACUCUCCGCAGCCUUCAAGAAUAUCUUACACUCUUUCCGCAAAAGAAACAGGCUACUAUUACAUUCUUUUUAAAUUCUCAAAACAAGAUAACGAUGUUUCAAAAAUGAACCUGGGAAUGACUUUAAGUCGUAAAGUGUACGAUGUGGAUUCUUCAGUAUAUAGUUGUAGCGCGGGUGCAAACGAAGCAUGUUCGGCGAGAUUACUGAUUGGGUCAUCAGAAGUCGGCGUGCUCGAAGUAACACAGAAUCCUCAUUAUCACAAUAAUGACCUUGUGACAACUUGGCAGUGUGAGCCCCGUAUUUGGUUUUACUUGGCGGUCUUUGCUGGACCUGUUUUGUUCUUUACUGUUGGAAGCUUUCUGUUUUAUUUUGUUUUCAUCAACCGAAAGAGAGACAGUAUUAUUCAGAGACUGGCAUUUCACAGACAGAACGCACUCAGGCGAGCAAGUUGUAAUGGUUGUGACCGAUGUAACAGCCUUGGUAACAGGAGUUUAAACGGUUCGCUGAGGCCUCCGAGUCGAACCCCAAGUAUACGUAGCUUGGGUAACCAGACUGACGUGUCACGCACCGCUUCUUUGCAGCCUGUUGUGACAACGAUGUAUGCCGGAAACGCAGCUAGCGAGGACAGCGGUCACGACACUGAUGACGAUAACAAAAGAACCAGCAACACGGGUCGUCGCUCGAAAAAGCGAACAUCUUCAGUUGACGGAGCGUCUUUCGUAUCACAGGAGAGCGUUUCAAGAAGACCCAGCUUCAGCACAUUCCAAGGGAGUGAGGAUGAAUGCUCCAAUGUCGUUGGAAAUCAUAUGCAGAGUGAACCAGCGCGCAAGGGGCACACCGGUGACAGAGCACGUAAGAAAAGAUCAGAUCGUCGUGAAAUGCGUGAGAAAAUUCCUUACGGCACUAUUCCUAGAAACCAUUCAACUCGGCGAAACUCCAGCGAAGAAUUGACUGAGCACACAAUUCGCACGUUGCCACUUGACCGAAACAACUCCCCACCGACUGGACACUCUGACAAUCACCUUAAAUUUGAGCUUCGACCUAGGAACUCGUCAUCUCGGCGAUACUCCAGUGAAGAAUUACUUGACCAAGCAUUGCUACGUAACGAAGGCAACUCAGCAGCUGGUGGCCGACCUAAUCAUCAACUAAAGUCGGAGAUGGAAAACCUGCUUAGUAAAUCUGAAAAAGAUAAACCCAGGGAGACUUCAACUCGGCGACACUCAAGUGAUAAGUUAUGUGAAGACGCAACCAUAAAAUUGCCACGUAACCGGGGCAAUAAAGCGCCCGCCAGUCACUUAAACAAUUAUCUAGAGCCUGAUCACGACAGACCCGCCUCUCUUCCGUCUUUGCAAUGCCCUGAUGGUGCAUGGGGACUCCCUUUGGAUUUGAUUCCUGAAUCCCAACAAAGGGCUCUAUCUGAACUGACAUUUAUCCCACCCCGAGAGGAAGACACUGAUAUCUGGGAGCCUCAGAAGAUAAAAUUACGGACAAGUUCUGGGCGACGACGGGACAUGGGAUGGACUCCGAGAUUGUCCAUCGUUUCUGAGGCUUAAUGAGAAAUCCGUUUGUCAUGUAAGACUCUAUCGUGCCAAGAUUGUGCGGGAAUCUAUAGAUUUAGAUGAAAGCCAAAGGCGUAGUUAUUCUCUCUGAAUUUAGGCGUUUACAGACUGAUUUGUUAAUGUGUUUGAAGCAACUUACAUUGCGUGAACGAUCAAACAAACGUGCAAACAAUCAAAGAGCUGUAGCAUGUAGUGUUCCUCGAUAAUACCAUAGUUGAGACUUAAUGCGUUCUCUGCAGUUAAGACUGUUAACGUUCGGUUUUGUUUCAAUACGAUUUUGAAGGCCCAUCCAGCCUCUCUAAGACUGACCCACAAUGAAUAUUUUACGAUAAGUCAUUUGGAUUCUCUCGGAGAUUGUAGUCGACUUUAAUGUUUAUCCUCCUUUUGCCCCCUCUUGCUGUUAUUGCUAAGGCCAGAUCUCGCGCCUGCCGAUCUUUUGACGACUGCUCCGCUCUCUUCUACGUCAACUAUCGCAGCAAAAGUUGGCUGCAAAACUUAAUCAUGUUUCCUGCCCGCUCCAGAUCAAAAGAAGUAAAACAAUUCUAAUAAGUAUGAGAAGGGGGGGGGGGCUUGUAAGACUUGCAGAAUAAUACAAAAUGACAGUCGCUUGCAUUUUAUCCCUGGAUCUUGGAACGCCUGCUGGUUUUUUUACAUAUGUAUUAGUCCGCCUUUUUCCUCCAUGAUCAAAAUAAACAAAAGAAAGUAUUUUCCAGUUUGCAUUGGACUGAUAGUAAUAAACGAACGCACAAAGUCGCCAUCUUGCAUUGUAGGCACGUUGGUGACGGUGACCUUGAUUUAAAAUGCUAGCUGUCUAGGUGGCCGCGGGAGUGCUAGCCUGUGUCAGGUUCUCGGCUGGAAAAAUUAGUGAAGGAGAGAAAAAAAAACUGCGGUGUACUCCUACUUUCAAUAAUAAU